AUGUUAGCUAGGGUGAUAGUUCCACCAACAUGUUUAACACCAAAACAACAUGAAGAAGGAAAAACACGAACAGUUCGUGAUGAUAGUGAACAGCAUGAUGCUAUAUCUGGCAUGAAUUUCAUAGAUGAAUCGAAAUCACGAUUAAUAAGACGUCGUCGAGGAUCGUCGGAUCAUCCUCUAUCCGCAUACGAACAGACCAGAAAUGUUAAUUGGCCAUUAGAUGAAAGUAAUUUUUCUUUAACAAAUACGAAUAAUUUACAAUUUGAAUAUUCGUCUUAUCCUAAUCAACGUUGUAGCCCACACGAUUUAUUCCAAUAUGAAAGGAGAUUGACAAUAUUGAAGCAAAGUGAUUUAAAAGCUUUUAAACUUGAAUUUCAUCGUCGUCUUGUUCUAUUAUUAUCGUCUCAAAAAACAACAACAUAUUAUACCUAUAGUUAUAUUAUUAAAAUAAAUGAGCAAGAAAAAGAAGAACGAAAAGAAAAGAAAAAACGACUCAAUAGAUAUUCCAUCGAAUCAUCCACAUCAUCCUCAUCCGCAUCAUCUUCUUCGAAUAUAUCAUCAACAUCAAAUAAUAAUCAUGAUAGAAUAACAACAUUUUUAUCAACCAAGACAAAACCAGCAUUUCCUUCAACAGCAAACGUUUCUCAUCGUUCUAUACCAAAAUCAACUACAUUUGAUAUGUUUAAUGUUGAAGAAAAUUACAAAAUAGUCACACCAUCAUCUAUCAUUGACAAUAACAAAGUAAAAGAUGAUUAUCAAUCAACGCAAUCUUUGAAUCCACCACCACCACCAGCACCACGAGUAAUAUUUAGAAUAAAUCCACCACCGCGACCAUCAACUGCACAGAUUCAACCGAUUAGUCGAUUUGACUGUUUAUCCUUCAAACCAUCAAUAAUGAUGAAUUUAUCAAUGGAAACAAUGAAACAACAGCAAAAAAAAGAGUGUUGGUUAAGCUGUGAAGAAUUGGAAACAAUUGAAAAACGUUUUACUGAUCUAUUAGAGACAAAAACUAAAUCGAUGUCUUCCAAUCGAGCUAAAAGCUGUGAAAGAUUACGAUCAACGAAUAAUAAUGAUGAUGAACAAAGUUCAACAAUCACUCGCAAAUCGUUAGUAGACGACCAUUCGUUGAAAAAGACUAUUGCUUAUCAUCCUGCUAAUAUUUUAAAUAAUAAUAGCUCGAAGAUUCUUCAACAUCAUUAUUCAAAACAAUUAACACAAACGAUCAAAACAGACGAUAAUAAUUUAGUGGUCAAUGAUCAAGAUGUUUGUACGAUCGAAUCAUCAUAUAAGUCAAUUGGUUCAAAAGUUUUCUCUUGUAAAUGUAUUGUUGAAUUAUUUAUAACAACAUCUGAACGUUUAUCAAAAUUAGAAGAUUGGAUAUUUUUUCAACGUGGACUGCCAAUAUGGCUCUUUAAUACGGGCAUUAAUCCAAAACGAAUGAAAUGUUUAUCAAUUGUAUUAACUGAAAAAGGUUCUGGUUUUCCCAUAUGGCAAGAUAUUAUUACCUAUAAAAGUGACGUAAAAUAUGCUCGCGAUCAACAUAUAACAUUUCGUUUAUCAGAUCAAAAAACAUUAGCUGUUUUACGCUUUACCGAUUUACAACAGUCAAAAAAAUUUUUUAAUUAUUAUUUACAAUUGAAAAAUGAUCAACAACACAUGGAUCUAUUUCAAUCACACGUUAAAAAAUUGUCAUCUCAAUCUCGAAAUCGUUAUUUAACCAUUGACCGUAAUAAUCGUAGUGCAUCGUGCGGUGCCGUUCUUAAUAAACGUGUUAGUAAAUCAUCGAUUAGUAAUCCGUGUCAUUUUCAACAUAUUACACGAAUUCAGUUGUCCGAUAGAAAAAUAUUAACAACAUUGAGCAAAUGUCUACCACCAUCUGUUGAUAUUUAA